AUGGCGCAGAGAGAUCAGCUGGACCGAGAAACCUUCUCUUGUUCGAUCUGUCUGGAUCUCCUGAAGGAUCCGGUGGGUCUUCCCUGUGGACACAGCUACUGUAUGAAGGCCUUCACACCGAGGCCUGUCCUGAAGAAAAACACCAUGUUAGCAGCUUUAGUGGAGCAGCUGAAGAAGACUGGACUCCAAGCUGCUCCUGCUGAUCACUGCUAUGCUGGACCUGAAGAUGUGGCCUGUGAUGUCUGCACUGGGAGGAAGCUGAAAGCCUUCAAGUCCUGUGUGGUGUGUCUGGCCUCUUACUGUGAGAAUCACCUCCAGUCUCACUAUGAAUCACCUACAUUUAAAAAACACAAGCUGGUGGAGCCCUCCAAGAAGCUCCAGGAGAACAUCUGCUCUCAUCAUGGUAGGGUGAUGGAGAUAUUCUGCCGCACUGAUCAGCAGAUUAUCUGUUAUCUCUGCUCUGUGGAUGAUCAUAAAGGCCAUGACACAGUCUCAGCUACAGCAGAAAGGACUGAGAGGCAGAGAGAGCUCGAGGUGAGUCGACUAAACAUCCAGCAGAGAAUCCAGGACAGAAAGAAAGAUGUGAAGCUGCUUCAACAGGAGUUGGAGGCCGUCAGUCGCUCUGCUGAUAAAGCAGUGGAGGACAGUGAGAAGAUCUUCACUCAGCUGAUCCGUCUCCUCCAGAAAAGAAGCUCUGAUGUGAAGCAGCAGAUCAGAUCCCAGCAGGAAACUGAAGUGAGUGGAGUCAAAGAGCUUCAGGAGAAGCUGCAGCAGGAGAUCACUGAGCUGAAGAGGAAAGACGCUGAACUGAAGCAGCUCUCACACACAGAGGAUCACAUCCAGUUUCUACACAACUACCCCUCAGUGUCACAACUCAGUGAACCUACAGACUCAUCCAGCAUCAAUAUCCGUCCUCUGAGAUACUUUGAGGAUGUGACAGCAGCUGUGUCAGAGCUCAGAGAUAAACUACAGGACAUCCUGAGGGACGAAUGGACAAACAUCUCACCAGCAGUGACUAAAGUGGACGUUUUACUGUCACAACCAGAACCAGAACCUAAGACCAGAGCUGAGUUCUUAAAAUAUUCAUGUGAAAUCACUCUGGAUCCAAACACAGCACAAACACAGCUGUUAUUAUCUGAGGGGAACAGAAAAGUAGAUGGGACUGGACAACAACAGUCUUAUUCUCGUCACACAGACAGAUUCAUUGAUUAUUAUCAGGUCCUGAGUAGAGAGAGUCUGACUGGACGUUGUUACUGGGAGGUGGAGUGGAGAGAAAGAGUUUUUGUAUCAGUCACAUACAAGAAUAUCAGCAGAGCAGGACGUAAAUCUGAAUUUGGACAUAAUAACAAAUCUUGGUGUUUAGAUUGUUCCAGUAACAGGUAUGCAUUUCGCUUCAACAAGAUUGAAACUCCCGUCUCAGGUCCUGGUUCCUCCAGAGUCGGAGUGUACCUGGAUCACAGAGCAGGUAUUCUGUCCUUCUACAGCAUCUCUGAAACCAUGACUCUCCUCCACAGAGUCCAGACCACAUUCACUCAGCCUCUCUAUGCUGGACUAAGGGUUUAUUAUGAAACCACAGCUGAGUUGUGUAAAGUGAAAUAG